AUGUGUACUUGUACUUAUUAUUCAGGUUUAUCUUUUCUGUGUAAGUUGAACAUUGACCGCAUUAUAACAUCAAAACUUAAUCCGUUAAAAGUGUGUCUUGGUUCAGUUGUUGAGCUAUUUGCAUCAAUAAUGAGUAAAUAUGAGAUUGUUUAUUGUUAUUCCGUCAUUGAGGAAAACAAACGUUGCUAUUUACCUGUUUUGACCACGCCCACUAGCGGAAAUACGUCACUAGAAACCAUUUUCCCGUUUGAUCCUUAUCACCUUAAAAGAUCAUCAAAGUAUCUGAUUGGACUGUAUAGAGAAUGGAACGAAGAUAAUGAGGGUGUGGUUUCAGCAGACGAUAAUGAAUCCAUUCUCAUUCCAUCAUCAAUAGACUCACUAAUCAUUGAGAGCCCAAACUGAUAGUUUAAUUAUAUUUUAUAUUAUUAUUAUUGUUGUUGUUGUUGUUGUUGUUGUUUUUGUUUUGUAUCUUCAUGUACAUGUAUAUCUCCACUUUCUCUAAUCUUACAUCUUCCAUUGUGUGGUCUGUGAUUCAGUGCUGUGUAUAGAACAGUGUAUCAUGUGUACACGUUUUGAUAAUAAAUAGUUUACUGAAGAGGA